GACUCUGAAAACGGCAUUUUUAUCACGUCUCUUAACUGAUCAGCAUCGAUCAACACAAUGGCCAGGUAUCCGAGGAAUGACAAAAGCAACAAUAAGACAGCGGUUAAAAAGGGUGCUUGGAGUGCCGAAGAAGAUCAAAAACUAGUGGCUUAUAUCAAGAGAUAUGGCAUUUGGAACUGGGCUCACAUGGCCAAACCUGCUGGUUUGGCAAGAACUGGCAAGAGUUGCCGUCUCCGUUGGAUGAACUAUCUGAGGCCCAACAUCAAGCAUGGAAACAUCACCAAAGAAGAGGAGGAGACCAUCAUUGUGCUGCACCGAGUUCUUGGAAAUCGUUGGGCCGCGAUUGCAGCUAGGCUUCCAGGAAGAACGGAUAACGAAAUAAAGAACUACUGGAAUACUCGUUUGAGGAAACGGGUCUCCGAGGAGUUCAGUUUGCAGAACACACGCAAUGAUGUUGAUCUCCAUACUGAUGGAAAGGACAUCUCAUUCCAUCCCUUGAAUGAUAGUCCGAAGGCAACAAACCUUGGACUUGACUAUCAAAUCCCUACCACAAAUGCAGAUAACUCUUGUCCUUCCGUUGGAGUCCAUGAUGAGAAACCAUGGAGCUAUGCUAGGUGCGCAUUAGAAGAAUAUGAAAAUGGUGAAGGAGAAAGCUUAUGGAAGCAAGUUCUUGCAGUGGAAGAUUUUUACAUAGAAGAAGAUUUCAAGCGUAUGUGCGCCAACUCAGGAACUAAUAAUGCCCCUUCUUACGGUUGCACGCAACCUGAGCCUACAUACUUUGCUAGUUGCUAUGAUGAUUUUGUCCUAGAUUUGUGGGGGGAAUCAUGAUGAUUGUAGUUAAAUUAAUCUUGAUCUCGGGGAUGGACUGCAAAAGUAUGGUUUAAUGCAAAGUUUCUGAAGGUGAUAAAUGUUAUGCAGCUAUGAAAACCCCAAAUCGUGAAAUAGCGUGUUCAUCUGCCAUAUGAAUGUUUUUGGACGAAUGAGAUGAUUUAACAAAAGAUUUGGUGAUGUACUUAUGCUCGUAGAUCUUCUUCUCUAUUACUCAUUUUGCUUUGCUGUCCCUUUCCUGUAUUUUGAUCUUU